AUGGCCGCCGUUCAACUCCAGUUCUCUCUCCGGACCUCCUCCAACGUCAAGACCGUCCACCUCGUCGGAUCAUGGGACAACUACAAGCGCCAGAUUCCCCUCUCCGCCGAUGACAAGCCCGGCGCCUGGUUCGGCAAGUUCCGCUUCCAAACCUCCAUGCUUCAACUCGGCGCCCGCUACUGGUACUACUACAUCAUGGACGGCCACCACGUCUCCCACGACCCAGCAGCUGAGUACACCGUCGAGCCCACCACCGGCCGCAAGCUCAACAUCCUCGAUGUCCCGGGCAAGUCCUCCCGCUCCUCCAAGCCAUCCCGCGACAUCCCCACCGGCCGCGCUCUGUCCCCCUCGCGCAUCCAACACCCAAAGCCAACAAAGAACUACGCCUCCCGCCAUCUCCGCGAGGCCGAAUUCGCCCCAACCGUUGACGACCUGACCCGCCGCUUUGCCGGCUCCCGUCUCUCAGACGACUACUCCUUCAACGGACCUCCCAGCUCCGCGGGCUCUUCCCUAUCUUCCCGCUCCUCGGGCAGCACCUCUCCCUCGUCCCUCUCAUCUUUGAGCGACCGCCCCGUCCAAUGCCGCUGCGAACGCUACGGCAUCACCCGCAAGGGCGACCGCGUCAAGCUCGACUGUGGUGGUUCCCGCUGCGCAGGCUACGACUCUUCCGACGACUGCUGCUCCGACUCCGAGUACGACAGUGAUGAGGAGUACUCCCGCGCUCGCAACGCUGUCCGUCGCCAGGGGAUCUUUGUUCGCCGCUAA